AAUCAAAAGCUCAUCUCGGAACUUUGAGCCCUCGCAUCUCCGCCUCACGCUCGCUCUCUCUCUCUCUCUCUCUCUCUCAGAAGGCGAAGCAACACAUGGCGGAGCUGCCGCUGACUGGGAGCUUGCUAGACCUGCGCCCCGGCAAGCUCUCCGCGAAACCCCCACCACCGCCGCCGCCGUUGCCCAUGCCCGCCCGGCGGAGCCCGUUCCGCUCCCAGGCCGCCGCAGCCGUCGCAUCACCACGCCGCGCCGUCCCCGAGUUCCACUCAACAACAGAGCGGGCGGACGGAAGCAUCGUCUUCCACUUUGCGGCGCACCCUCCUGUGGAAGACCCAGAGGCGGAAGCGGCCGGUCUCGACCCUGGGAGUGCCGACGCCUCGGGCUCGCCACCGCCUGAGCUGGUCUUGGCCACGGCGCAGGUCAACGAACCUAACCCGGCAAAUUUGGCGGCUGAGGUUUCGCUGGCCUCAUUGGAUGCCAUGGGGAAAAUCACAUGCCAGGAGGCCCCUGAGCAGGUCGCCAGUUCGAGUAUCGGGGAUGCUGGGGUCGAAACCGAGCUCGGUAAUGACGGCCAUGGAGUUGAGAUUGGCGUGCUGGCGCGUGUUGCUGUGGAGGAGAGUGAGAGUGUGGAGGCGGGUGUAACGGGGCCGGCCGGUUUUGUGGGCGUCGAGGACGCGGAUGCGGAGGCUUCGUCGGAAGUCUCCAUCACGCAGGAUUUCGACACCAACGACACGGAGGAGUCUAGUGCUUCCAGCGGCGACGAGCAAGAGGCCACGGAGUUCGGAAUCCCCAUUCCGACAGCGGAUGAAGUUAGCAACAAGGUAGAUUUGGAAAAUGACACUUCAGAAUUUAAGAGUUCUGAUCGGAUGGUUCCAUUAGCCACAUCAGCGCUUGUGUUGACAUCAGGUGCUGCAAUGCUGCCUCAUCCUUCUAAGGUAGCGACAGGUGGUGAAGAUGCGUAUUUGAUUGCACCCAAUGGUUGGUUUGGUGUCGCAGAUGGAGUUGGUCAGUGGUCAUUUGAAGGUGUCAAUGCAGGGCUUUAUGCGAGUGAACUAAUGGAUGGUUGCAAAAAGUUCAUUGCGGAAAAUGAAGGAGACGCAGAGCUUAAACCUGAACAAGUUCUCUCCAAGGCUGCAGAUGAAGCAAGGUCUCCCGGCUCUUCCACUGUCUUGGUUGCUCACUUUGAUGGCCAGUUUCUUCAUGCAUCAAAUAUUGGAGACUCUGGGUUUCUGGUGAUAAGAAAUGGAGAAGUGUUCAGAAAAUCAAAACCAAUGGUUUAUGGUUUCAAUUUCCCACUUCAAAUUGAGAAAGGGGUUGAUCCCAUAACGCUUGUACAGAACUAUACUAUUGAUUUAGAGGAAGGUGAUGUCAUUGUAACAGCAACUGAUGGCCUUUUUGACAAUGUCUAUGAGCAAGAAGUGGCAGCCAUAAUCUUGAAAACUUUACAGGCAGAUCUAAAACCAACGUCUUGCUUGCAGGAGAUGGCUGAGCACCUCGCUGCUAGAGCGCAUGAAGUGGGAAGGUCCGGAGCAGGGAGAAGCCCAUUUUCAGAUGCUGCCCUUGCAGCGGGUUACCUGGGUUUCAGUGGCGGGAAAUUGGAUGACACAGCUGUUGUUGUGUCUAUCGUCCGAAAAUCUGAAAUCUGAAUGAUACAAUGCCAACUGUUGGAGAGAUGUUAGCCUAAUUAGGUUGAAGCUGCACUGAUAGGAAGCCGUUCAUCCGUAGUUCAGUAUAUUGCCCAACUAGAAGUGCGCUAGUGUGCAUGGUGCUUCCCCAAAAAUUUAGGUACAUGAUACAUGCACCUACCAUGAUGAGCAAGGUGCAAGUAGCCUAGAUAAGUAAUCUAAUUUCUGUUUGUGCUAGCAUAAUGCGCAAAUUUGGGCUGUAGAACUAUUGUGCAAUGUUGUGCUCUGAUCGAUCAUGAGCUUGAUUCAUGCCUGUUUCUACUGUCCACUUCCAUUCUGAUGGCUAAAAAACUCUGUAUAUUCUGUAAGCUGGGCUGUGUCGGACCUUUU